CUUGCCAUCAGUCGGAGCGCGGGGGCCGGCCGUGAGGAGCGCCUGAGCAGCCGGUAGGGAACAUGUCGGAGUCCGAGCUGGGCAGAAAGUGGGACCGGUGCUUGGCCGACACGGUAGUGAAGCUAGGUACUGGUUUUGGAUUAGGAAUUGUUUUCUCCCUCACCUUCUUUAAGAGAAGAAUGUGGCCAUUAGCCUUUGGUUCUGGCGUGGGAUUGGGGAUGGCCUACUCCAACUGUCAGCAUGACUUUCAGGCUCCGUAUCUUCUACAUGGAAAAUACGUCAAAGAGCAGUGACUUAUGCUGAGAACAUCCCAGCGGGAGGAAAGAGAAACCAUGUUUAUUCCUCAGGAAUACUGAAGUGCCCGGAGUGUGCUGACGUCCUGUGACGGUGCCAUCAGCAACGCUUUCAACUCCAGCCACUGUUUGUGUUUGAAACCAAGUCUGUUGCUUUUGUAUCAUCUCUUUGGAAAUUGUAAGGAGGUCUUAAAUAAAUUAAAAACGGGAAGCCCAA